AUGUGGGUGGGUCCAACGGAUGGCAUAGGGGCUGGAUGGUGCGAUGAUGAGGGCAACGGGGAAGCGGAGAAAUGUUGGAAAGCUGUGGGCAACGAGGAUGAGGGUGGCUGGCCACUUGAUGGCUGCUGGGAAGAGCUGGGUGGGGCAGAGGAAUUGGGUGGCUGUAGGCCUGAGAAUGCACGGGCUGAGAAGGCAAGGCCUGAGAAUGCACGGGCUGAGAAGGCAAGGCCUGAGAAUGCACGGGCUGAGAAGGCAAGGCCUGAGAAUGCACGGGCUGAGAAGGCAAGGCCUGAGAAUGCACGGGCUGAGAAGGCAAGGCCUGAGAAUGCACGGGCUGAGAAGGCAAGGCCUGAGAAUGCACGGGCUGAGAAGGCAAGGCCUGAGAAUGCACGGGCUGAGAAGGCAAGGCCUGAGAAUGCACGGGCUGAGAAGGCAAGGCCUGAGAAUGCACGGGCUGAGAAGGCAAGGCCUGAGAAUGCACGGGCUGAGAAGGCAAGGCCUGAGAAUGCACGGGCUGAGAAGGCAAGGCCUGAGAAUGCACGGGCUGAGAAUGCAAGGCCUGAGAAUGCACGGGCUGAGAAGGCAAGGCCUGAGAAUGCACGGGCUGAGAAGGCAAGGCCUGAGAAUGCACGGGCUGGGAUGGCAAGGCCUGAGAAUGCACGGGCUGAGAAGGCAAGGCCUGAGAAUGCACGGGCUGAGAAGGCAAGGCCUGAGAAUGCACGGGCUGAGAAGGCAAGGCCUGAGAAUGCACGGGCUGAGAAGGCAAGGCCUGAGAAUGCACGGGCUGAGAAUGCAAGGCCUGAGAAUGCACGGGCUGAGAAUGCAAGGCCUGAGAAUGCACGGGCUGAGAAGGCAAGGCCUGAGAAUGCACGGGCUGAGAAGGCAAGGCCUGAGAAUGCACGGGCAGAGAAGGCAAGGCCUGAGAAUGCACGGGCUGAGAAGGCAAGGCCUGAGAAUGCACGGGCUGAGAAGGCAAGGCCUGAGAAUGCACGGGCUGAGAAGGCAAGGCCUGAGAAUGCACGGGCUGAGAAGGCAAGGCCUGAGAAUGCACGGGCUGAGAAUGCAAGGCCUGAGAAUGCACGGGCUGAGAAUGCAAGGCCUGAGAAUGCACGGGCUGAGAAGGCAAGGCCUGAGAAUGCACGGGCUGAGAAGGCAAGGCCUGAGAAUGCACGGGCUGAGAAUGCAAGGCCUGAGAAUGCACGGGCUGAGAAUGCAAGGCCUGAGAAUGCACGGGCUGAGAAGGCAAGGCCUGAGAAUGCACGGGCUGAGAGGGCAAGGCCUGAGAAUGCACGGGCUGAGAAGGCAAGGCCUGAGAAUGCACGGGCUGAGAAGGCAAGGCCUGAGAAUGCACGGGCUGAGAAGGCAAGGCCUGAGAAUGCACGGGCUGAGAAGGCAAGGCCUGAGAAUGCACGGGCUGAGAAGGCAAGGCCUGAGAAUGCACGGGCUGAGAAGGCAAGGCCUGAGAAUGCACGGGCUGAGAAGGCAAGGCCUGAGAAUGCACGGGCUGAGAAGGCAAGGCCUGAGAAUGCACGGGCUGAGAAGGCAAGGCCUGAGAAUGCACGGGCUGAGAAGGCAAGGCCUGAGAAUGCACGGGCUGAGAAGGCAAGGCCUGAGAAUGCACGGGCUGAGAAGGCAAGGCCUGAGAAUGCACGGGCUGAGAAGGCAAGGCCUGAGAAUGCACGGGCUGAGAAGGCAAGGCCUGAGAAUGCACGGGCUGAGAAGGCAAGGCCUGAGAAUGCACGGGCUGAGAAUGCAAGGCCUGAGAAUGCACGGGCUGAGAAUGCAAGGCCUGAGAAUGCACGGGCUGAGAAGGCAAGGCCUGAGAAUGCACGGGCUGAGAAGGCAAGGCCUGAGAAUGCACGGGCUGGGAUGGCAAGGCCUGAGAAUGCACGGGCUGAGAAGGCAAGGCCUGAGAAUGCACGGGCUGAGAAGGCAAGGCCUGAGAAUGCACGGGCUGAGAAGGCAAGGCCUGAGAAUGCACGGGCUGAGAAGGCAAGGCCUGAGAAUGCACGGGCUGAGAAGGCAAGGCCUGAGAAUGCACGGGCUGAGAAGGCAAGGCCUGAGAAUGCACGGGCUGAGAAGGCAAGGCCUGAGAAUGCACGGGCUGAGAAGGCAAGGCCUGAGAAUGCACGGGCUGAGAAGGCAAGGCCUGAGAAUGCACGGGCUGAGAAGGCAAGGCCUGAGAAUGCACGGGCUGAGAAUGCAAGGCCUGAGAAUGCACGGGCUGAGAAUGCAAGGCCUGAGAAUGCACGGGCUGAGAAGGCAAGGCCUGAGAAUGCACGGGCUGAGAAGGCAAGGCCUGAGAAUGCACGGGCUGAGAAGGCAAGGCCUGAGAAUGCACGGGCUGAGAAGGCAAGGCCUGAGAAUGCACGGGCUGAGAAGGCAAGGCCUGAGAAUGCACGGGCUGAGAAGGCAAGGCCUGAGAAUGCACGGGCUGAGAAGGCAAGGCCUGAGAAUGCACGGGCUGAGAAGGCAAGGCCUGAGAAUGCACGGGCUGAGAAUGCAAGGCCUGAGAAUGCACGGGCUGAGAAUGCAAGGCCUGAGAAUGCACGGGCUGAGAAGGCAAGGCCUGAGAAUGCACGGGCUGAGAAGGCAAGGCCUGAGAAUGCACGGGCUGAGAAUGCAAGGCCUGAGAAUGCACGGGCUGAGAAUGCAAGGCCUGAGAAUGCACGGGCUGAGAAGGCAAGGCCUGAGAAUGCACGGGCUGAGAGGGCAAGGCCUGAGAAUGCACGGGCUGAGAAGGCAAGGCCUGAGAAUGCACGGGCUGAGAAGGCAAGGCCUGAGAAUGCACGGGCUGAGAAGGCAAGGCCUGAGAAUGCACGGGCUGAGAAGGCAAGGCCUGAGAAUGCACGGGCUGAGAAGGCAAGGCCUGAGAAUGCACGGGCUGAGAAGGCAAGGCCUGAGAAUGCACGGGCUGAGAAUGCACGGGAUGAGAAGGCAAGGCCUGCGAAGGCAACUGAUGGGAAGCUUGGGAUUGGGAAAUCAAGAGCUGCGAAGAUAAGAGCGGGGAACGUGAGGGCUGCGAGGAUACGGGCUGGGAAGGCAUGUGCGGGGAAGGUAAGGCUGACGGUGACGACAUGGCUUCGAUUCCGUUUUGAAGGACGGAAUUUGGACUAUGGGGUAAGGUACCGUUUGGAUUAG